AUGGCAGAGAGCACUAGGUUCAAAACCUUGGAAGAUCAAAUCAAGAAGCAGGAAAUCAGACUUCAAGAAGUAAUUGAAGGUCUGCAGGCAUCGCAAGCUCAACAACAGCAAAUGCAGAUGGAAUUUCGCUCUGGAUUGGAAGAUAACAGUAAAAGGAUGGAGAAUCUGGUAGCUGAGAUGAAGCAGGAACUUAGCGGCUUCAUGAGAGCUGUAAUAGGCAAGGAAAGAGCUAUCUCUGAUGAGGAGCGGCCGAGGAUGGAUCAAGCACCUCUGUUACCAACUCCACCUCCAAAUCAGAGACUCCAGCUGGGGACAGACAACAGUAGAACUGCGAGGAGAGAAACAAGUAAGAUUCUGGUACCCAACCCUCCCAGAAUUGAUUUGCCUAUGUUCAGUGGUGAGAAUCCGAGAGAAUGGAUUAGGAAAUGCAAUAAAUACUGUUUAAAUUACCAGAUUCCUGAAAAUCAAAAAGUAGAAGUGAUAGAAAUGUAUCUGGAAGGCAGGGCUGAUAACUGGUUCCAGGGGAUUAGGCUGGAAAAACCAGAUCUGACUUGGAGAAUGUUUGAAGAACUGUUAUAUAGAAGGUUUGAUAAUAGAAAUGGCCGGGAUGUGGUAGAGGAAUUUAAUAAACUUAGGCAGUCAGGCAAGGUGGAAGAUUACCAGGAAAAGUUUGAGGAGCUAAAGACCAUGAUAAUGAUUAGGAAUCCAUAUCUAGAUGAGGAGUACUUUGUAUCCAGUUUUAUCAGUGGACUUAAGGAUGAAAUCAAAACUAUGAUCAGAAUGUUGAAGCCUACGAAUCUAUCAGAAGCAUUUGAACUAGCUGCACUACAGGAAGAGGCUCUGAGGCUUCAAACCAGAACCUUCAAGGAGGGGGGUAAAACUGUCCUUGAGGAUAGGUUGGGAAUUUCCAGAAAUUCAUCCCCACACCAGGUCCACAGCUCUCAAUAUAGGGUGCCUUCCACCAGCACCUUUAGAAACACCCCAUUCAGAGGCAAACCUGUAUCCACGGCAGGAUCUGAAACUAGGAGACUUUCACCAGAAGAAUUACAAUACAGGAGGAACAAUGGACUUUGUUUUAAGUGUGGAGAGAAGUUUGGCCAAGGCCAUCAGUGCAAGCCUGGCCACCUGAAUCUUCUGGUUACUGAGGAAGAGAAGGAAAAUGAGUUUGAGGAUGCGGUAGGAGAGCAAGAUGAGUCCACUGGAAAUCCAGGACAAGUCAUGGAGAUGUCCUUACAUGCAUUAUCAGAUGCCAUGAAAAGAAAAACAAUAACACUGGUAGGAAAGUGGGAUGGGGAGGAGAUGCUCAUACUUGUUGACACAGGGAGUUCAGAUAGCUAUAUUAGCAGUGAGAAGGUGAUUGCAUUUGAUAUUCCUUAUAAGCUAGUGGAACCGUUCUCUGUGAUUGUGGGGAAUGGAGCAUGUGUGACUAGCAAAGCCAUUUGUCCCAAGGUCACAUGGGGAAUGAACCAGCACCAAUUCUGUUUUGAUCUCAAAGUAAUGGAUUUAAGUGGUUGGGACAUGAUUUUGGGAGUGGACUGGAUGACUCACUAUAGCCCCAUCACUUUUGAUUUCCACCAGUUAACCAUAUCCCUGCAUAGUCAGGGUGAAACGAUACAGCUAAGAGAACAGGCUGAAGACUGUGAUUUGGACCUUAUCAGAGGAGGUGACCUGAGGAACUUCAUUGAAUAUAAAAAAAAGAUGUGUUUGGCCCUAAGGAUGUGUCAAGACAAACUGUCAGAAGAGUCUGAAGUGCCUGCUGAGGUUCAGGAGGUCCUUGGAAAUUUUCAUGAUGUCUUUCAGACUCCUGUUGAGUUGCCCCCUCCCAGAGAGAUAGACCAUGAGAUUCCACUGAAACAGGGAGCACAAGCCUUCAAAAUGAAACCAUAUCGUUAUCCUCAUUCUCAAAAAGGGGAAAUUGAGAAGCAAGUGAGAGAAAUGCUGCAGCAUGGGAUAAUUAUACACAGCAACAGUCCUUUUGCUUCUCCAGUGUUACUGGUGAAGAAAAAGGAAGGAACUUGGCGCUUCUAUGUAGACUACAGACGUCUGAAUGAAAUGACCAUUAAGGAUAGGUAUCCCAUCCCAAAUGUAGAUGAGCUGAUCAACGAGCUGGCAGGUUCAAGGUACAAAUCCAAACUGGACCUCACUUCUGGCUAUCACCAGAUCAGGGUCAAACCUAAGGAUACCCAUAAAACUGCUUUUCAAACUCACUGUGGCCACUAUGAGUUCCUGGUCAUGCCAUUUGGGCUGACCAAUGCACCAGCCACAUUCCAGUCUCUCAUGAAUCAGAUAUUCGAGCCAUACUUAAGGAAGUUUGUUCUGGUUUUCUUUGACGAUAUUCUGGUUUACAGUGCUACACUUGAACUGCAUCUGGAACAUCUGAAGAUAGUAUUAAGUGUCUUGAGGAGGCACCAGCUAUUUGCUAAGAGAUCCAAAUGCUCUUUUGCCCAGCAGAAGGUGGAUUAUCUGGGCCAUACCAUCACUGAACAAGAGGUGUCCAUGGACCAAUCCAAAAUAGAGAGUGUCCUGAAUUGGCCAAGUCCCCAGACUGUUAAGGAGUUGAGGGGGUUUUUGGGGCUGACUGGAUAUUACAGAAGGUUCAUUAGGCACUAUGGGAUCAUUUGCAGGCCACUAACAGAACUACUCAAAAAAGACAACUUUAGGUGGAAUGGGGAAGCACAGAGAGCCUUUGAUUCACUGAAACAUAUCAUGUGUGAAGCCCCUGUACUCAAGUUACCAGAUUUUCAGAAGACCUUCACUAUAGAGACUGAUGCCAGUGGUGGAGGAAUUGGGGCCGUAUUGAUGCAGGAGGGUCACCCUAUAGCCUUCCUUAGCAAAGCUCUAUCAACAAGAAACUUGGGAUUAUCAGCCUAUGAGAAAGAACUGUUAGCACUAGUGAUGGCCGUGAGCAAAUGGAGGCACUUCUUGCUGGGAUACCACUUUGUGAUCAAGACAGACCACCAGUCCCUCAAGUAUUUGCUAGAUCAGAAACUCACUACUACACUGCAGCACAAGUGGUUGGCUAAAUUGCUGGGAUUAGAUUAUGAGAUACAGUACAAGAAGGGGUCAACUAACAAGGUGGCGGAUGCACUAUCCAGACUGUAUAAUAGGGGUCAAGGGGAACUCCAUCAGCAAGGAUCCUGCCUGGCCAUUACUUCAGUCACGCCCUUGUGGAUACAGGAAUUGCAACAGAGUUAUGAUGCUGACCCUCAGUGCCAGAGUAUCAUCUCCCAACUGCUCCUGGAUCCUACUGCCCAGUCACAGUAUGAGUGGGAUCAAGGACUGCUGAAAUACAAUGGUAGGCUUUAUGUGGGAGCUGCCAAUGGCUUAAGGGGCAAACUGAUUCAAGCUCUCCAUGCUUCUGCCAUUGGAGGACAUUCUGGACAAAGAGGGUGUUGGCACAGGCUGAAGGCACUGUUCUAUUGGCCUAAUAUGAAACAGGAGGUCAUCAAGUUCGUUCAAGCCUGUGACACCUGCCAAAGGUUUAAGUCUGAGCAUGUUCCCUACCCAGGCCUGUUACAACCACUACCUGUGCCUCAGUCAGCCUGGACUCACCUUAUCAACCAUUUCAUUGAUCCUCCUUAG